CAAGGUUCUUACUUGUUUGUUACUUCAAUUUACAUCUUCACAUUUGAACCUCAUCUCUUCUGGGAAUUGAUCGUCCUUUUCGCUCUCUUCUGAGCUUCUGCACUUGUGCAACAAUCCCUGAUUCACUACAUCAUUACUCAUCACGAUCAGCCACCACAUCUUCUUUGUCCUAUUGCUGUCAGCCAUAGACUGGACGUCACUCUUUCCUUUGUCACCCUCCCAUCAAACACUCAUUUUUUACACUGGGACAAUCCGGUCAUGUCAUAACCUACCCCCAACUGUGUGUCGUCCACCUGUCCUGGUCUAGAAACGCCAAACUCCCCCCCUAACAUUUCCAUAUUCUUACCUGGUCGUUCCUCUCAACAGGAUUAGACCUCGACGCUGAACCCUAAUAACCACUUCCCCCCUCUGUUCGAGUCAAUAUCAACAAAGACUUGGUUCCCCGUUCUUGAUCAUGGCCUCUCCAGCAAUGCAUCCCACCAGACCAAAUGGCUGGGUUGAUCUUCGUCGUCCAGGAGAUUAUCCUAUCAUCCUCGGCGAAACCCUCAAAUCUGGCGACAAAUCACCCAACUCCCUCAUCAACAUCCGCUACAACUGGCAACCCAAGUCAGGUUUCGCCUCUCGAAAUAGUCGACUGACCGAAUCCGGCAAUGGCUAUCAACUGAGCGUCAAAGACGUCGAUAGCGAGGAGGAACCCUACCAGUAUACAGCCAACUCAAGACCCCAAUCAUCUCCCCGCGAAAAUUCUCGGACGCCUUCUUCUUUGGCCUUGAUCUUUGACAAAUCAAAGUCUGCUUUCGUUCUCGAGUCGAUAUCUACCUCGAUAGAUAUGAAUCUCAAGGCAGGACCCGGUCAUCCUGUCAAAUCUGCACGAUCAAUGCCACAGUUACCCUCGGCCAAAGAUGCUCCUGCCGAAGCUUCUCCCACCAACGGCAACACCAAAUCCAACUCUACGCCAGACGAUGACCCCGGUCCAGGCGACUCGGCCAACCCUUUUGAUUUCCGUCACUUCAUCGCUGAAGCUCGCGAGAAUCUAGAAAAGACGUCUCAGCAACAGGCAGGAAACCGAACUCCCAUGAGUAUGAGCGGCAUCUCCACCCCAGUUCCGCCUGGCGCUGGCCGCUUUACCGCCACGACACCUCAAAUGCCUCCCAAAAAAUCAACUUCUUUACCAAAGAGCACCGGCACAGCAGCGCAGAAACGUGGCCUCGGGCAUUCCAGGACGACGUCCUCGGCUACGGCGACCAAACGUAAUCCUCCCACCAAUUCCUCCAAGAUCAAAUCUCAAGAACGCAUUGUCGACUCAUCCUCAUCUGGCUCUGAAAACGAGACUAUCGCUGUUGUUCGCCGACAUCAAACCUCGGCCAAACCGGAACCAACCAAGACAAAAGCGUCACGCUCUUCAGCGGCACCUGCCCCCUCCAAGUCCCACGGUCGCAAUCUCUCGGCCAACAUUGGUAGCUCCCCUCACAUUAUCAUCAACGACGAUGAGGGUGGUCUUGAAAUCGACAUGGGCAGUCCCCCACCAGAAGACAAAUGGAAGAAUCGCCGUAACCGAAUCAACCCCGAGAUGUUCGACCGGUCACAUACAGGAACACCCAUUGGCGGCGCCGGUCGAGGACUCGGUCUUGGAUCCGGCACAGGAUUUGGCGCCAAAAGCAAUGAUCGAGAUAACGACGUGAUCAUGAAAGAUGUAAACCAUCGUAAAGACGAUAUCGAUGACAACGAGGAGGAGGAGAACGACGACGACGAAGACAACGACGUGGAUGAAUUCGACCUGGGCAGCCCGCGCGACACACGCAUGUCUGUUCCACAUGGAGGAAACGUCUCGAGAACCGAAGACCAAGCCGCCGCCGCCGCCGACGACGAUGAAGAACUCGAUGAAGAAGCUCUACUUGCCGCUGAACUCGAAGCCGCUUUAGAUGAAGAAGACGAUGAAUUUUCCGCUUCUGCGGAUGCUGGCGCCGUCGGACUGGGCAUUCGAGCUCCUCAUCAGCAUCUAAUGGACGAUGAGGAUGAAAGUGAAGUUAGCGAGGAAGAGUGAAUGAGGAAGGAGUAAAGGAAAGAAUGAAAGAAAGAAAGUGAUGACACGUCAGGAUAGACUUGGAUUGGAUGAACUUGGACAGAGUCGAUCGAUCGAUCGAUCGAUCUAUCUCUCUAUCUACAAAUACUGUGCGAAGAAUAUCCCGACCAUCCUGUUUGUGAUCAAGAGACAUUUGCUUGGGGAAAGAAAGGGAUACAAUACUUAGGUAUCUGUACCGUUCUGGAUAUGGUUUUAUGGUACCAACCUUGGUUAGAGAGAUACCUGAUCAAACUACCGGAAAAUGUGCUAUUAUAGUAAAUGUGCACCAGGGAAAUUCGAAUUCAAAUUCAAAUCUACGAUAGAGUGAUAUAGGAAGUUCAAUGGCCCUAAGUAAGUACUAGGAUGACGAGAUAGUUGGGC